AUGAGCAGCAUCAGCUCCCGGUGCCUGGCCAACUGUGAGGUGACCUGCCCCGAGCCCUGUGCCUACAGCAGAGGCCUUGGCUCCUGCGUUGCAGCCUGUGGUGACUCCACAGCUGUCGUUUACGCCCCUCCAGUCGUUGUCACCUUCCCAGGCCCCAUCCUCAGCAGCUGCCCCCAGGAAACCGUUGUGGGAUCGUCCUUCCCCCAGCCCUCCGGUGCUCUGACCCCGAGGAUGGGAGGCUCUUAUGGCUCUUAUGGUUCUGGGGGCUCCUAUGGCUCUGGGGGCUCCUAUGGCUCUGGGGGCUCCUAUGGCUCUGGGGGUAUG